UACAGGUGUGCAGUGACAAGGGAUACGAGGAAUGCGCGUUAGUUACGUCUCACAACCAAUGCAUCAAGCUUGUAAAGGACAUGCACUACGAGGUUCAAGUCCAGUGCGUCAUAAACUACGGUGCUAUGUUCCUUAAGCCGAAGAUCAAAAAAGAAGUUGCAAGAAAUAUGAAGCUGACCCAGGAGCAGUACUUACUGGUGCCUGCGUGGUGGUGCCGUAAUAAUUCGAUGUGCUGGGAACUCAUCGUGGACAAGUGGUUCACACCCGAGUGGGAGGCCGCACACAACGCUGGUCGAGAGCGGCGUUUGCUUAUGCCAGGGCCAGCACAUCAUCAAGGAAGCCUUAGCAACGAGGAAUACAGAGCUAGAUGGUCCUCAUCACAUUCAGGCGCUGAGUGCUCCCAGUUCAUGGGAUGGGCUUUGGCUCACAAGGGUAAAGCGUCCGAGGUCACCGACAACCCGGACGAUCCGCCCUCGGUGUACUCCAAUCCCUCCGUCCACGCCUGCAUGAAUAUGUACACAGAGGCGGGAAGGCGGGAAUCCCUCCGUCCACGCCCGCAUUUAAAUCAAUAUGUACACAGAGGCGGGAAUCCCUCUGUCCACGCCCGCAUCAACCGGUGCUAA